CUCCUCUACAUCACAAGCAAGCCACUGCGCGCCACCAAGUCGAACGAACAAGCUCACUACCAAUUAAUGGCGAUCAAGAAGAGCGGAGCGGCGGGGCUGAAGCAGAUCCUGAAGCGGUGCUCGAGCCUGGGGCGGCGCCAGCAGCAGCAGCACAACCAUGCCGGGGAGGAGCACUGGGAGGAGGAGGAGGCGGCGCCGUCGGACGUGCCCCGCGGCCACUUCGCGGUGUACGUGGGCGAGUCGCGGCGGCGGUUCGUGGUGCCCAUCGCGGUGCUGGACAGGCCCGAGUUCCGCUCCCUGCUCCGCCGCGCCGAGGAGGAGUUCGGGUUCGGCGGCGCCGGGGACCUGCUGGUGCUCCCCUGCGAGGAGCGCACCUUUCGCUCCCUCUGCUCCGCCUCCUCCCUCACCUGCACCGCCCGCUGA